AUGAAUCAUCAUCAGCGCCACCCCUCGAGACCUAGGAUUUUGCGUAGGCCUACGGAUGAACAUGGGGAGAACAGACAGGGACCAAUCUUUAUCAUCGCCGGAACCCGCGACAAGCUCUCGUACCUGGGCUUAUGUCUCAAGCGAGUGCCGCGGUUAUGUGAGGCCAUCUUCAUCUUCAAUAACAGACGGGUAGAAGCUACAGGAAACAAUUUCGAUUUCACCGCAGCUGUUACUUACACCUCGCACGUACUUGCAUCUUUCCUCACCAUAAGUACUGGAUUCAAGCUCGAACCAAUUUAG